GACAUAGCUUACUUUUUUGGCCGCUCUAGAAAGAACGCGCAUCUGCGGCCGUGUCGAGUUUUGUGUCUGGGCCGAGCGCAACCUUCUGCACAUCACCACUUCAUAUUAUGGCGUUUGCAAUCUUCAGACCAUGAUGACAACAGUGCAAUUGCGUUGAGCGCAGAGGCGCGCUGAGCCGCAGAAUGGGCCCGGUCAGAGCAGGCCCAGACCGGAGAUAAACGCGCGUGUGCAGCGUAGCUCAGCAUUGCUGUAUGUUGGUGCCGCUGCGACAAAGAGCAGCAGUCCCUGCCGGUGGCCGGGCGAGUAACACGCAACCCGUCAGGAGCUUUAUCGCUAGCAAGUCGCUAUCUCGAAAAAUGGAGGAUGGAGCAAGGAUGGCACAGCUCCAAGCGGAGCUGGACAGUCUCCACAAGGCAAUCGGUGUCCUUAACAAGAUUGCUGCAGAGUUGGACAUCCUCAACGCGAUGCAGAGCGUGCGCCAGGUCGCAUUGGAGCUGCUUGACUGUGAACGUGUCACACUGUUCCUAAUAUUUGAGCGACGAAAUGAGCUGAGGGCCAUGAUUGACCAGCAGCAAAUCCUGCGCAUUCCAUUUGGGGAGGGCAUUGCUGGCCUGGUGGCACAGACGGGCACCACUAUGAACCUGCCGGACGUGUACCAGCACCCCAUGUUCAACAAGGACAUCGACCGGCUCACCGGCUUCCGCACGCGCAGCAUGCUGUGCAUGGCUGUGUCGGACAUGACCGGGAAGAACGUGGCGGUGCUGCAGGCUCUGAACAAGAAGGGCGGGCUGCCGUUCAGCGGCGCGGACGAGCGCAGCCUGCGGCUGUUCAGCACGCACCUAGGCAACACACUUGCCAAGGCCAAGCUGCACGAGACAGCCAAGCGUGAGAAGGAGCGGCUGCAGGCCAUAUACGCCUGCUUCAAGUCGCUCAGCGCGGCGGACGAGGUGGGCCAGAUGGUGCUGCUGGCCACGUCGGCUCUGGAGAAGCACAUCAUACACGCCGAGCGCGUGUUCUUCUUCCUGGUGGACGGCCCGCGCGGGGAGCUGUGGCUGCACACGCACCAGGCUGAGGCGGUGCGGAUCAAGAUGGGCGAGGCCCGGGGCGGCAUUGUGGGCGCCUGCGCCGCAUCCAAGAAGGCCAAGAGCUGGACGGACUUUGGCGACCCCAGCUCCGACCCCGCGCUGCGGCGUCUGGCGCCGCUGCUGCAGCCCGCCCGCUGCAAGAGCGUGCUGGUGCAGCCCAUCCACGGCACCGGCAGCGACCGCGUGCUGGCGGUGGCGCUGGCGGUGAACAAGCGCGAGGCGGAGGGCACACGCGACAUAUUCUUUGAGCCCUUCUUCACGGAUGCGGACGUUGACGCCAUGGGCCUGUUUGCCUACGAGGUGGGCGACCUGCUGAGCGAGCGCUCCCUGGAGCUGUCGCUGCUGUCCGCCCUCUCCGUGGUCACCGCGGACGGAGCGCACCCCAACGCCCCCAGGGCCGGCCCCAGCGCCGCAGGCGGCACGGACGGGGCAGCUGGUGGGGGUGGGGGCCCGGGCGCAGCAGCAGGAGGCGGAGGCGGGGCGCCCGGCGGCGCGGGCGCCUGCGGCGGCGCGGAGGGGGGCGCGGAUGCGGGAGGGGGAGGGGGAGGUGGCGGUGGCAGUGGCGUGUCUGGCGAGGAGGACCUCAUCCGCAGCCAGCUGCUGCAGAUGUACCUGCCCGAGUACAAGAACCGGGAGAGUGGCUCGGGCCACUCCGUGUUCCACCGCAGCUCCUUCUCCUCCGCCAACGCCGCGGCAAACCAGGUUCGUGCCAGCCUGGAGCGCAAGCGCUCCGCCCACCACAACAGCACAGAGCUGCUGGCGCACCAGCCCGGGCUCAAGCGCGGCGGUGGCGGUGGCGGCGGCGGCGGCGGCGGCAGCCCGCGGCGCCGCGACAGCGUGUCGGCCUCGGCGCGGCUGGGGCUGGCGGUGGCGGCGGCGGCGGCGCGCAGCUCCAUGUGGGCCUCGGCGCGCCAGAUGCAGCAACCUCGGUCCGUGGGUGGCAACGAGGAGGAGAGCGCCGCCGCCGCCGCCGCGGCUGCCGCCGCCCACGCCUUCAACGCCGGCGGCGGCGGAGCCGGCCCCUCCCUUCCCCUGGGCCUGCACCUGCACCCGCACCUGCACCAGCUGCACCCGGCGGCGGCGCUGGGCGGCGCGCAGUCGGAGCGCGGCAGCGACGGCAGCGGCGAGCUGCUGCCUGACCUGGGCAGCCUGCGCUGCGCCAGUAGCAGCAUGGCGGAGCACUCCCUGCGCGGGCUGCUGCUGGCGCAGCCGGUGCCGGCGGGCACGCAGAGCAUCCAGAUGCGCACCGGUCGCACCUCGGGCGCCCGAGCUGUCAGCGGCCCGCAGGCGCACGUGCCGCCCCUGCCGCGCGCCUCCGGCACCGCCGGCGGCGCCGGCCCCGCCGCCUCCAUCCUCGCGCAGGCGCACCCCCACAGCCAGCACUACCACCAGCACAGCCACACCCCGCACGCACUCUCCUCCGGCGGGGAGCUCGGUGGCGGCGGCGGCGGCGGCCACGCCGGCCCGACCUCUGGGCCGCCCACCAGCGUCAGUCGCCUGAUGGCGCCCUGGCGCAAGCCGCUGCGGCUGCCAGCAGCGGCGGCGCUAGGGUCUGGAGACGGCGGCAUUUUGUCGAAUGACCGCAACCUCGCAGGCGAGCAUGCGCAGCAUGACGGCGACAGCGACAGCAGCAGCAGCUCCGAUUCGGGCUCGGACAGCGGCAGCGACAGUGAGGACGAGGGCGGCGUGUUCCAGGCGCGGAGGGGCGGCGGCGGUGGCGUGGGCGCCGUAAUGCGCUUCCGCUCGCACCCGCUCAUUCAGGGCGUCACGGCCGGCUCGCUGGGCGCGGACGUGGAUGUGGUGGAGGAGGGCGAGGAGGGCGAGGAGCAGGCGGCAGGAGCCGGCGACGCGGGGGGCGGCGCAGGGGGCGACGCCGACUGCUGCGCCAGCCCCAGUGCCGUGGCGGGUGCGGGGCAGGCGGUCACCACCAACGGCCUGCGGGAGCGGGCGCAGAUGGCGCCGGUCACCUCCGCGGCGGCUGCGGCGGCGGUGGCGGCGGGGCAGGCGCUGCAGCGGGGCAUGUCGGGCAGGGCACGAAGCAAGCGGCGGUUGCCGCCGGGGGCCGGGUUGGGAGGGGGUGUGGGAGUGGGGGUGGGAGAGGCGGAGGAGCUGGGGGCGCUGCGGGCGGCGGCGGCGGCGGCGGCGGCGGACGACGACUUGGGUGUGGCCAACCCGGCGGCGCUGCGCACACACCUGUCCUGCUCCAACCUGGCCACCGGCGAGCUGGGCGGCCCGCUGGCGGCGCUGGGCGGCGGCCUGGGUCCGGGCGUGUCGGCCCGCACGCCCUGCUUCUACUCGGAGGCGGGGCAGCUGCUGACGUGGGACUGGGACUUUACGGAGUUCAGCCUGGAGGAGCUGGUGAAGCUGGCGUACGACAUCUUCAUCGUGUCGGGGGUCAUGGAGGAGUUUGCGAUCCGGCCCAAGGCACUCCGCAACUUCCUGACUGCCGUGGCCAGCCACUACCACGCCAUCCCCUACCACAACUUCAACCACGUCUGCCACGUGCUGCACGCCACAUUCCUGAUCUGCUGCACCACCCACGCCCGCGACCUGUUCAAGCCUCUUGAGCGGCUGUCCAUCCUCAUCGCGGCGCUGUGCCACGACCUAGACCACGACGGCCACAGCAACUCCUUCCACGUCAACUCCGGCAGCGAGCUGGCCCGCAUCUACAACGACCAGUCGGUCAUGGAGAACCACCACUGCGCCAUGACCUUCGCCAUCCUCAGCCGCACCGACUGCGCCGUGCUGGCCGGCCUCAGCCCCGAGCAGCAGCGCGCAGCGCGCAAGGUCAUCAUCAGCGCCAUCCUGUGCACAGACAUGGCCAACCACUUCACACUCACGCAGGAGUUCCAGAAGCACAGCACCACUUACGACCCCGACAGCGAGGCAGACCGCCUGCUGCUGCUCAAGGUGUCGCUCCACGCCGCCGACAUCGGCAACGCGGUGCGGCCCUUCCACGUCAACCACGCCAUGAGCCGCCGCGUGCACCGCGAGUUCGAGGCGCAGACGGAGGAGGAGUCGCGCCUGGGGCUGCCCAUCACCUUCGCGGUGGACACAGCAGACCACGUCAUGUGCGCGCGCGUGGAGCUCAACUUCCUGGACUACGUGGUCAUGUCGCUGUGGGAGCGGCUGGUGGACGUGCUGCCCGAGCUGGAGCCGCAGCUGGGGCUGCUGCGAGUCAACAGGGCCCGCUACCGCAAGAUCGCCGACACCGGCAAGACAGCGGACGUAGUGCUCGCGGAGGAGGCGCAGCAGCAGGACGCACCCGCCGCCGCCGCCGCCACGACCACGGUGUCUGAAACAAUGGCGACGGCAUCAGCCGCAGCAGCAGCAGCAGCCGGCAGCGGCACGGCCGGGAGCGUCACGCACGCCGAGGGGCCGGGCGCGGGCGGCGCCACCACCUCACAGGGGCAACACGGCUCGGUGGGCGGCGUGGUGAGCGGUGGCGGCGGCGGCGGCGGCGGCGGCGGCCACACGGCCUCUGUGUCGCCUCCCAACGAGCUGGCGGCAGCGGAGGACGGGCGGGCGCACGGGUCUGGCCAGCGGCAAGAGGAGUCGGGGCGUGGAGCAGCAGCAGCAGCAGCAGGCGGCGGCGGCGCAGGGAGUCCUGAGGACAUGUUGAUAAGCCCCACGGGGACCUGGAGCCAGGUACCAAACGGGUUGAUAGAGGAUGCGAGCAUGUCGGAGGGCGAGAGCGCGGGCGUGCGCGGCAGCAGCGGCCAGCACUAGCGGCCGUCGCACACGGAGCGAUGGGAAGCUGACAAGGACCCGUGCAUCGUCGUUGUGCUGUGCUUCGUGCUAUGGAGGCUGUGAUGUUGGUCAUGUGGUGGUGAUGAUGACAAGGGGUGCAAGGGGUAGGCGGG